AUGACAGUUGCUGAACUCAAACCAUACCAAUCCGCUUCCAACGACUUCAGAAGUGAUACCUUCACCACGCCAACAGAGGCGAUGAUCAAAGCUGCUCUGACCGCUUCGAUCGGUGACUCCGUCUAUAACGAGGACGUUGAUACCAUUGCGCUCGAGCAGAAGGUGGCCAAGCUGGCUGGGAAGCCUGCUGGGCUGUACUGUGUCUCCGGUACCUUGUCGAACCAGAUCGCCAUCAGAACACACCUGUUCCAGCCACCAUACUCAAUCUUGUGUGACUACAGAGCCCACGUCUACACACACGAGGCGGCAGGGUUGGCAAUGCUUUCAAACGCAAUGGUUGUCCCUGUUAGACCUUCCAACGGUGACUAUUUGACUCUGGAGGACAUCAAGAAGAACCUGGUUCCUGAAGAUGGUGAUAUCCAUGGUGCGCCUACUAAGCUGAUCUCCUUGGAGAACACUUUGCACGGUAUCGUAUAUCCAUACGAGGAGUUGUUGAGAAUCAAGCAAUUCUGUGUUGAAAACGGCUACAAAUUGCACUGUGACGGUGCCAGAAUCUGGAAUGCCAGUGUCGAGACCGGUGUGCCAUUGCACAAGUAUGGUGAGAUCUUUGACUCCAUCUCAAUCUGCCUGUCCAAGUCCAUUGGUGCGCCAAUGGGGUCCGUGCUGGUUGGUGAGCUUCCCUUCAUCAAGAAGUGUAACCACUUCAAGAAGCAAUGUGGAGGUGGUAUCAGACAAAGCGGUAUGAUGGCCAAGAUGGCCAUGGUUGCCAUUGAAGACAACUUGCCCUUGUUGAAGUCCUCUCACGAAAAGGCUAAGAACUUGGGAGAUUUCUGUAUCGAGAACGGCAUCGUGCUUGAGUCUCCUGUGGACACGAACUUUGUCUUCAUCGAUCUGGAGGCAAACUACAUCAAGGAUGAUGACCUGAUCAAGUUCGGGAAGAAGCACAACGUGAACCUCAUGGGUGGGCGUAUUGCGUUCCACUAUCAGAUCUCUGACGAGGCUUUGGAGAACGUGAAGCUGGCCGUAUGGGAUGCCUUUGAGAACGCAAAGAAGAACCCAUACGUCCACGACGGUCCUUAUAAGAUGUACCGUUCUCCUACCCCAGUGAAGUACUGA